GCAUCGGAGCACUGGCCCACCUCAAACUGGAAUAAAAUUAAAUUAGCCAUCACUUUCAGCCCGACUGUCGACAUUGGUGGAUACAGUGAUUCGUACUUAAUACCCAGUAACAUGUGGUCCUUUUGGGUCCUGUCCUUGCUGCUCAUUGUUAUGGACUCCUGUGCCGUUAAAUUAGAUUCCAUACAACUGAAGCAUGGCUUUCAGCUUAGUUUCAAGCUGCUGAAAGAAGCCCAGUCACUGGAGUUUAGCGCUCUGAAUGGAAAAGUACAGUACACUAUUUGGUCCAGCAGUGUCAAGCCCAAAAAGGGACAAGUGACAGGAUGGGGUAAUGACAAGCGCUUUAUAAUUAAGUCUGUCACUUUUGAUGAUCAAGGCAACUACACCCAGAAGAGCUUAAAGAGGACUGUGCUAGUCAAUGUCAAAGUGAAAGUUGUGCCAUCAGUGAUUGGGAAGGAAUGUGUGGCAGGAGAGACACUGAAGAUUCCACUGAGGGGUCUUACAAGCCGUCAAGCAACACUGGAUUUUUACAGCCACGAUCUGAACCUCACUUUGGUAGACCAUGGCUUGCCUAUUGGCAAGAGCCACCCUAACUACUAUGAACGGCUCAAAGUGACUACUGAAACUAUCGAGGUGCUUAAUGUCAGUGUGUCUGACAUGGGCAAUUACACACUCCAAGAUGAUCGAGGUCGCAAGGUCUUGAUGGUCAUAAUGAAACUUGUUGAUCAUCAUGAAAAAAAACUCAACCCUCUGGUAGCGUUGAUGCUCCUGUUGGGAAUUCCGGCUGGUGUUUGCUGCUGCUGUAGGAAGAGGAUCUUUAAAAAGAGCGGCCAUCCCACCACCACAACCAAUGUGCAGUCUGGGAACCUGAUUCCCCCACCUGGGCCUCCACCCUCCUACAACACUGUUGUGGAUCCUGCAGUCCCUGGCCUGAUAAACACUCCCACAUAUCCUGCCCCAGGUGAUAGUAAGGUUUAUCCUCCUCCCAACCCAGCAUUUGCUCCUCAGCCAUACUAUGGUGGGCAGCAUGCCAUGCCUCCUAAUCUUGGCAUUAGUUCUGAAUACAGCCACAACAACCCUGCUUAUCCUCCUGCUGUCCCUGAGUUUCCUCCUGGCCAGCUGUCCCAGUGGAGCGCUGCUUCCUCCAUCCCACCUGCUCCUGCUAUAAACACUCCCACAUAUCCUGCCCCAGGUGAUAGUAAGGUUUAUCCUCCUCCCAACCCAGCAUUUGCUCCUCAGCCAUACUAUGGUGGGCAGCAUGCCAUGCCUCCUAAUCUUGAUGUGGCCCCAGUGAUGUUCCAUGCUCCCGCUGGACCUGCUGCAGUCACAGGGGAAAUAAACAUGAAUGAAAUAUCUCCUGCCACUCCACUGCUAACGCCUUCUCAACCCGAGGUGAGACAGUCCCCGGGUUCCUAUGCUGCUGCUGACUUCCUGAACUCUGACUCUGCUGUCCAGUUCAACGUCAACACAGGAAAGAACACUUCUUCCAACUUUCUGUAGUUACUCCAGCUUCCUGGUGUGUCCCACAGGACCUUCAGCUAAAACAAAAGCCAAAAAACAUGAGCAGGGGCAAUUAGAGCCAUUCCUUCUAAGGAGGGUUUUAAUCUCCAUUUUUAAACGUUUGACACUCAGGUUCAUUUUUGACUAACACUUGUAAAGGGAUGGCACCAUUGAGGAACAUUUAAAUGCAGAUUUAGGAUUUUUAUUAAUGUGAACAAACAUCAGAACUGAAAGCUGAGUUCAUGGGUUAAUGACCUGGUUUCCAUCAUACUGAUUCAAAAGGGGUGUUACUCAGUGCCACCCUAACUGCCUUAAGCUCAUUCAUUCUCCAUAAGGAAACCUUAUGCCAACUUAAGUUGAUAUUCAUUUACCAUUUUCAGGGUAGUUGGUUCUUACUUUUAAUGUUUGAUGUUACAUGUACUGUCAUGUGUCUAUAAUAUUUAGGUGUCCACAGUAGCAGCAUGUCAGGGAUUUGAAAUAUCCGUGUUUGUUGUACCAUUCAGCAUUUUCCCUGCCUCAACACACCUGAUUCUUCAUCUCAUCAGCUAAUUACUAAACCCUUUAGCAGAUGAAUCUGAUGUUUUUGAUUUAUUAUUGUACUGUAAUAUCCAAUAUUCAUGUAUAACCAAUAGUAGUGUGUUCAAAAUUAUUAGCAUUUGAAAAUAGUUACAAAAGAAUGUACUUACUCCAUGUAUUAACAAUUGUUACCUGAAACUACCCUGUUGUAUAAUAUGCUUAUAGUUAAAACUGGAAGAGAGAAUCUUGGACUGGAACAAGAUAAUCUUGGACAUAAAAUGAUCUGUAGAAUGUCAAUCUUUUUAUUGAAGAUUCACUUCAAUAUGAAAUGAAUACAUAAUACCCAAAAUAAUAAAGGGAAACCAUACGUUUGAGUGCUGCUGCAAGGGUAAACCUAUUUACCUGGGCAUAAAUUCAACAAAAAUGCUCUCCAGAGUUUAGCUGCUCGACUGUUACGCCGAUACGGCCAUAUGAAUAAAGUACCUCUGGAAAAAUG